AUGACGACCAACCCGCGGUACGAUUAUCUAAUACAAAAGACUGCCCGUGCGUCGGGUGAAUACUUCGUAACACGUGGAUGGCAGAAAGGAAUGCUAACAAACUCUUAUAAGAUGCUUGGAACUGACAGACUCCCGGACCUGAUAAUCGCGUUUAAUUUGUCGCGAUUCGAGCGAAUACGAGAAGCGAUAACAGAAUCAGCCAUGUGUAAUAUUCCAACCAUUGGAAUAAUCGACACAGACUGCGACCCUCGGUUGAUCACCUAUCCGGUCCCGGGGAACGAUGACACACCUGAAUCUGUGGAAUUAUUCUGUGAUAUUUUUAAGCGUGCAAUACUCAACGCGAAACAGCAGAGAGACAUUGACGGCGAAUGCGCUGGCGAUGGUGAUAUUUUGUACAAUUCGGUUUGGAUACGCAGUGACAUUUAUGAGGAUAAAAUUAUGACGUCACGCUAUAUUUUUUUAAAGUUUCGGAUCAAUAAGGACAGUGUCCCUGAUUUUCAAAUGUAA